UACGGCAGUUCUUGUAUCCAUCUGAAGAGGGCUCGUACAAGUUGAUAAGGUUUUUGGUGGAGAGGCUUUCAGAUUCUUCUGAAGUUGGCGGAAAAGCUGGUCCAGAGGGUGACAAUGAUGAAAGGAAAGAAAAAGAAGGUAGCUCUGGAAGCAAUUUGGAGGACCAAACAACUGUUGAUGAGGAACCAGAUCUUAGUCGUGACAAAGUUCGAGUCAAGUUGGACAAACUCACAUUGAAGAGUCAAGUGCCUGAAAUAAGUGUUAACGAUGUGUACACCUCUAGCACAGGAAGAUUCAACAAGGACAGACAAACUAAUGUAUUUAGCGGGAAUCAUUUGACUUGAAAAGUGCAAAAUCAGGAGCAACUGCUCAUGGAGGAGGUUAAAGCAAAAACUUCAGAACUUGAAAAAGAGCUGGAAUUGGUAAAAGAAGCAGCAGAUAUGGCAUUUGACGUCCAUCAUUCUGUUGAAUUUCACUUUGAGAAACUUAGUGAGCAAGUAGAUGUUCGAAGGCAUCACCUUGGGGAAUUGACAUCACAGUGGGAAGCAGUCAGAAAGCCUUUGGAAGCAAAAAAGGAAAGUCUUCAGGUGUCUGUAUAUGCAAACAACCCAUAUGCUCAGGAAAAGCUCAGUCAGCUGAAAGAUUAUGAACUGGAAAAAGAAUCCAUCUUAUUUGAAAUUCGAAAAAGGGAGGAGGAACUUUCUAAACUGUCAACGGAUCUAGAGAAGCAGCCCAAGCUGGCAUCAAGAAAGUCCUACAUUGAAAGGGGAAAGGAGAUCACAAAGAACAGUCGCAAACAAGAAGCUGACAUAAAGCAGAUCUUAAAAGACACCAGGGAGCUUCAUUUAGAGAGUAACUCUAUCCAAGAACGUCUUCAUCGGACGUAUGCUGUUGUAGAUGAAAUGGUGUUCAGGGAAGCAAAGAAAGAUGCAGUUGGGAAGCAGGCUUAUAGGCUUCUCACUAGCAUCCACGAGAGCUUCGAACAGAUUCGUGAGAAAAUCUUGACAACUGAUAGAAUCCGACGAGAAGUAGGUGAACAUGAAAAGAAGCUAGCAGCCAUGGCCUCGCGAAGCUUAAACGUAGACAAACUACAAGCCGAUCUUGAUGCCAUCAGGAGGGAAAAUGAUUAUUAAGGCCAUCGAUGUACAUUAUUUUUGUUUUUGGUUUUCAGUUUUGAAAUAUUUGAUUGUAUUCAUUUAUCAAGAGGAAGCAUUGAAAUAUUUGUACUCAUCCUCAUAUCCCUUCAGCAAAGUAACCAAUGGCCAUCUUUAAUGGUCUAAUCUUCAGCAGCAAGGCAAUUGGACUGCGCUCGCUUAAGAAUUCUCUCCCAAAUUACUUCCUCCUUAAACAUGAUCAACGAAGAGAAUUAGUCAAAUAAUACACCCUAUGACAAUUACAAUUUCUGAUGUGGAAGUGUAGGCUGAUGUGGAAGGCAACCCCCGUCGCGAUAUUCUUCUUGCUGGCUCUCAUGGCAUGGUUGG